CACAAACUGACUCGAGAUGAGUUGCAACAGAUCUCGUACCAUAUGUGUCACGCAUACUGCCGGUGCCCGACACCCAUCUCGAUACCGGUGCCCGUGGCGUACGCCGACCUGCUGUGCACUCGCGCCAAGAUUGUGAUCGAGGCUCAGAACCUGCCGUUUCAGCCAAGGGUUAGGGGCGAGUCGGCCGAUGAGAAGCGGGUCCGCGAGGCGGCCAAUGUCCAGCUGCUCAACGCUAAUGUCGAGGCGCACAUGAAUGGUCGCGGCGGUGGAGGCGGCCGGGGAUACAGUGGCGGAGGCGGUGGUGGUCAACGGGGUAGAGGGGGAGGCGGUGGCGAUGGUGGUAGCGGUUCCCGUCCUCCUCAACGCCCGAACGUACCCGAUGUCCGCGCGUUAGCACAACGGGUGUCCCAAUUGGCAAUCGGUGGCAGCGGAACGACGCCCAGAGAGCCGACACCGCGCGGAACAUUAGGCGCUGAAAUUGAACUGAUUGUCAAUCUCUAUCCCAUCACCGGUUGGGAACAGAUAUCGUUGAAUCUGUACGAUAUAGACAUACAACUCCGGCGAAACGAUGGCCACGGCUUUGUGCAGAUGACUGCGGGUCCGGCCGGCGGUCAGAACGCCCGACGCGUGCGCGACGAGCGAAAGGCCGACAAUAUUCGUGUCGUACAGCGAAUGGCCACCGAAUGGUUGGAAGCGUUUGGCGGACUUUUGUACGCUUUCGAUGGCCAGAAGUUUCUAUACGUCAGUCAACAGUUACCGACUGUUAUGGAGGCGCCCAUCACUCGGGCAGUGACCCUACAAUUGGACGGAUUCCCGGAGCAGACAUUUGAGGUGCGUAUCCAAUACGUGAGGGCGGUAUCGAUGGCACCAUUGGUCGAGUACUUCAGUGGCCAUAACCCUGCGGCCAAUGCCGAAGACUUUCGCGAAGCGCAACAGGCGUUGGAAAUAGUGAUGCGAUAUAUGCCGGCUCAGAGUCUGGUCACUGUCGGUAGGAAUCUCUUUUUACGCGAUGGCCGCCGACAAGGGGCCGAUAACGUCGAGAUAGCUGUGGGUCACUCGCAGGCCAUUUACGUGACCAAAUCGGGAGUGACCGCAAACUUUGACCGCGCGUUCACUUUGAUGGUCACCGGCGGUCCAUUGACCGCAUUCAUUGAGCGCGAACUCAAUAUAAGUGACAUUCGGAACUAUAGGUUCACCGCAGAGGAUAUCCGAAGAGUUAGCGCCAGGAUUAACGGCCUCACGAUAUACACCAAUCAUAGACUAAACAAUGGUGUGGCCCAAAAGCGUAACUUUAUAAUGAACUUAAUGGUCGCCGAGAAAGUACACGAACACACGUUUACCGAUGGCAACGGACAGUCCGUUACCCUCGAGGAAUACUUCCGCAAUACGUACCCACACACCGGCCGACUGUUACGCAAUGUGGGCCUCAUUAAGGCCCGGAACGGCAAUCACUUGCCGGUAGACGUGUGUCACGUGUACCCCAAUCAGCCGAUGCCGCGCCGUAUGGAAACACCAGAAAUGACACAACAGAAGACGAGCGCUAGCAGUCAGGACCCGAGCACUCGCUUCGGUCUAAUACAACAGUCGGCCGAAGAGGUAGAGGCUGUCAGCCGCGCAUUGAUGGCUAGUUUUGGUCUUGAGCUCAAUUUGGUGCCGAUUAAACUGACCGGACGCAGGCUGUCUUCGCCCCGACUUCUGGGCGAUCAGCGGUGGUUAGAAAGUGGCCGACCGUUGAAUCGGUGGGCGUUUCUCAAUUACUCACAGGCCGUAGACAACAAUUUUCAGACACAUUACGAUAUGUUUUUUCCGGAACUGAUCCGCAAUGCGCGGCAAAUUGGCAUCACUAUUGCCGAUCAGCCGGUGGUCAAAGUGUCGCACAGACUUACUCGGGAAGCGAUCGAAGCAGACAUUGCGGAACACAGAGAUCUCGACAUGAUAUUCAUAUGCCUUCCGGUGACACCGAUAUACAAAGCGGUCAAACGCUAUGGCGAUCGCGUUUACGGAGUGGCCACUCAGUGCAUACUCGACCAGAACUUGAUGCGCACUCCGCGCGGCUAUUUUCGCAAUUAUGUCUACAAAACGAAGGCCAGAAUUGGCGGUCAGAAUCAAGUGCUCGCCCCUGAGUGCCGACCAUCGGCUUUACUCGGCGGUAAUAGUGACCAACAGCGGUCCACAAUGGUUGUGGGCGUAGACGUGAUUCAUUCGGGAGCCGGUCUGAACCAAUGCCCGUCCAUCGCGGCCUCAGUGGCCAGUAUUGACUCGGCUUUUAGUAUAUAUCACGAGACGGUUGCCGGACAGCCGCCCAACACUGAACUCAUUCCCACUUACGAUGAGAUGUUUGUCCGACAUCUGGAAGCAUAUCAGGCGAAGAAUAACAACUCUCUGCCGCAGAGUGUGAUCCUAUUCCGCGACGGUGUGUCCGACGGACAGUUGGAUCAGGUGUUGGCCGUAGAGAUACCGCUCAUCCGGAAGGCGUACGACUCGAUACGGAAGGACUUUCCCUUCAAAGUGACGGCGUUUGUGGUGCAGAAGAGACAUCACAUUAGGUUUAUGCCAUUCGCGCGCACCAACGAUGCCAGGGGUCGGGAGAUUCGCAAUAUACCCGCGGGAACUGUUGUGGACCACACCAUUACGCACCCCCUGCGGGACGAGUUUCAUCUGUGCUCACACAACGGUCUACUCUGGCCAUCGGUUUUGGCGCUAUUUAUCACUGAUUUUAAUUGUAAUUUUAUUUUAUGAAUUGCACCGUAGGGUACGUCACGUCACGCCAAAUACGUGUGUCUUCGCGAUGACCACAAUCUCACUGCAGACCAGAAACAACUGAUGUCGUACAACAUGUGCCAUACGUACUGCCGGUGCGCGACACCCAUAUCGAUACCGGUGCCCGUGGCGUACGCCGAUCUGUUGGCCGGUCGCGCCAAAGUGAUCGUCGAGGACCAGAACCUGCCGUUCCUGCCGCGGGUCAGAGACGAGACACCCGACCAGAGACGGGCCCGCGAGGCGGACAAUGUUGCGCUCCUCAAUGCUAAUGUCGAGGCGCACAGGAAUGGGGCGGAGCCCAAAGGGGGCGUGGUUUGGGUCAACGCGGCGGCGGUGAUGGUCGCGGAGGUGGACGUGGAGGGGGAGCCGCUGGUGGCGGUGACAGAGGCGGAUACCGUGGCGGGAGUCGUGGCGGAGGCGGUGCCCAACGUGGUAGGGGUGGCGGCGGCGGUGGUUAUCCGCAGCGCCCAAAUGUUCCCGAUG